AUGGGGACGAGAAUUGAAGUAUUAACUCAUUUACUUCAAAAAGGAUUUCCAGAAAAGUAUACUUCUUGGUAUAUGCAUGGAGAAACUAUAGUCCAGCCGGAAGAAGAACUAUUUGGUCAUAAUCAUACAGAGCCUGUUGAAAAACCACCACUGCAUGAUAUAUUGACUGAUGUUUUCGGUAUAGAUGAUAUCAACUAUGAAGGUGAUGAUGAUGAGCCCUUUGCUUCGAGAACUGAUUCCGUUCCAAUGCCGUCGGAAAAUGACACUAACGAGGAUUCAAGAAGAAUUACAGAGUUGCUAAAAGAUGGAAAUCGUAAAUUAUAUCCUGGGUGCGCAAAAUAUACCAAGUUAUCAUUUAUUGUUGAGUUGUAUCAUAUCAAGGUGUUGUGCGGUGCUACUGACAAGACAUUCUCCAUGAUAGUCGAUCUUCUCAACAAUGCUUUUUCCCAUGCUAACUUGCCCACUUCAUUUUAUGAAGCCAAAAAAAUGAUUAAAUUGUUAGGUUUGGGAUACGAGAAAAUUCAUGCAUGUCCAAAUAACUGUAUGCUCUUUUGGGGAAAAGACAAUGAGAAAAAAAAUAAAUGUGUGGUCUGUAACGCAUCUCGAUAUAAAGUUGAAGAGAACACCAGCAGCAAUACGGAAGUUGUGGAAACAAGUCAAGAUCAAAAGAAAAAGAUACCAGCAAAGAUGUUGAGGUACUUUCCUCUUACUCCUAGGUUAAGAAGGUUAUACAUGUCCUCUAAGACAGCAAGACUAAUGCGCUGGCAUUCGGAGUUUCCUAAUUCAGAUGGAAAGUUAAAGCAUCCUAGAGAUAGCAAGGCAUGGAAAGAUUUUGAUUUAUUACAUCCAGAAUUUGCUAAAGAUCCUCGUAACAUAAGGCUCGCUUUAGCAACCGAUGGCUUCAAUCCAUUCGGGACUCUCAGUUCAAACAUUAGCAUUUGGCCAAUGAUGCUAUAUAUAUACAACUAUCCUCCAUGGUAUUGUAUGAAGCAAACUUCCCUUAUAAUGUCUAUGAUAAUUCCUGGUCCAAAGAUGCCUGGAAAUAAUAUUGAUAUUUUUUUGCAACCACUUAUUUGUGAGUUGAACAAAUUAUGGAAAGGUGUUGAUGUCUACGAUUCUGUUGAUGGUAACAAUUUUCGUAUGCAUGCUGCAUUAUUUUGGACUAUUAGUGAUUUUUCAGGUCUUGAUAAUCUGUCUGGGUGGAAUACACAUACGAGCCUCGCUUGUCCAUCAUGUAACUUCGAUACAGUCUCCAGAAGGUUGAAGUUUGGCAUGAAGUAUUGCUUUAUGGGACAUCGUCGAUGGUUACCUGAUGAUCACGAGUAUAGGCACAAUAAACACUCUUUUGAUGGCCAUACAGAACUAAGAGGCCCACCUCCGACGUUAUUAGGCAGAAGGAUUUUGUCCCAAAUUGAGAGUAGUUGA